CUUGAUGGGAACACGGUCGUCGAGGUUGGAGGGGUGCUCUUCAGACUCCACCGUUCUAGGCUCGUUGAUCAGUCAACCUUUUUUGCUCGCCUCUUGAAUGAACAAGAUGUGGUUAUGGACGACUGUGUCGUAGUCGAAGGCGACGAACAUGGUAUUGUUUACCACCUGAUAGCGUCUCUCCAUUUUGGUUUCAUAUUCACUGCAAAUCACAGGGUUUAUCAUUUCGUCCCCCCUACAUUCCGGGUCUUGGCUGCUAUCCUUCGCGCAGCAACCGAAUUACGUUUUAACGCGUAUCGAGCUUUCGCUGUGAAAAUUUUAGAGAAUGCUUGGUCUUCAUCUCUCGCGGAUCUCACAACGGAAACUAAAUCUAACGCAGUGGAAGUCGUGAUUCUCGCGUCUGCUUGUGGCAUCAAAAGCGUCUUAAAGAGGGCUUUCUAUGAAAUGGUUCGGGUAACAGGCUAUGGUCUUGGUGACGGCGAGUUGGACUCGGACGGCGACGAUGGAGAAGUGUCACGGGAAAUCACCCGCGCAGAUGAAAGACGUUUGGAACGCAUGAGAGAGCGUCUCAUCUCGACUUGGUCGCAGGUUGCAGUGCGCAUGGAUCGUUCCUUCAAAUGCCCAAACCAGUCAAAGGAGACGCCCGGGAUCUCCAUGUCGCCCUCUACUUCACGUCUCCCUGGAUGUCCAUCUCUGUGUUGGAAGCAAGACGCUUGGGAGAGGCGCGUGCACGACUCUGGGCUGUACGAGGAGUAUCAGUUUGACCCUUUGUGUGGACUUCAAGCCCUGAUUGACAUCAAAUGGGACACAGAAGAAGGCUGGUGCUCAGACUGUGUGCGAGCGAAACGAGAGGCCUGGACG